UUUUGUCAAACGCCUUGUGACUUGAACAUUUUGGCUCCUGAACACUGCAAACCCAGAAGUUGAAGACCUGUGUGGGCAUUUAUACUCAGAGAAGAAGGAAACUCUCUACACCAGUCUAGAGGCUGAAGAACUUUUUCACAAUGGACAUAGAUGAUGAAGAGAAUAUGAGUAAGAUGUUCAUGUUAUACAGUGCUAAACCCAUUACUGUUUCUGCAGCUGCUUAGUGCUUUCCCUUUUCAAGUCAGUCACCUUUUGCUUCUAAUCCCGCCUGACAUUCAGAGGAGUUCCCUACUUUUAUUCUAUGGAAAGAAUUAUGUUAUAAUAAUUUGUACAGUCCUGGAAAAAGAAUACUGAAUUACCACGGAAAUUAAUAAGUUUUAAAUGCUUCAUGUGCUCAGGAGCUGUUGUUUUCAGUGGGUGUGCAGGCCCAACGGUAUGCAUGUUUACUCAGAACUAAGCCCCACUAAGUUAAGCCCAAGGUGGUAGUCCUAGACACAGUUUCCUGAGAGUAAGCCUAACUGUAUUUGAUGUGGUUUACUUUUGAAUAGAUGCACAUAGUCUUGCUUAAAUUUCUGUGGUCACUGAGUCACACCUUUUUAUUUUAUUUAGUUGACCUUCCUAACUUUCAUCCUCCGUUCCUUUAAGUCAGUUUUCAUUUUAGAAUGCAGUUUCUAGAAUAUCUAAGAAUAUUGGCUAUAGGACUGAUGUCAUAGCAGAUCUUCACUACCAUUAGAAUACAUGCUCCUGAGUAAUGUGCAUUGAUACCUGGUUCCGGCUUACCUACCACAGCAGACAAGGUAGCAAUUUUUCAUGGAUGCAUAUGUGAAUUUCCUGCCAAAAGUAUAAGGGUUAAUGAUCCCUUCUUAUCUGCCUUAACUACUAAGUGCUAAAGUAUUUGUGCUCAAUGCCUGGGCAUGUCAUUAAAAUGUGCACCUGCAAUGGUUUUGUGAAACCAGCCAGACUUCAGUAACACCAUAUUUUCAGUAUCAUUUGGGAUCACAAGGUGGGUUUUUAUACCCCUUUGGUUUUUUGGCUGGUUUUAGCCAUUUUAAAGACCAUAGCACUUUUCAACAGCUGUGAUUAAUGUCAUGAUUGUUUGUCUCUUUUUAUUCUGGAAACAUUUUAGCUAGCAUUUUCCUUCUUGUGGAAGUAUGGCAUAGAUGCAACCAUAGGUCAGGCACCUCCCUUGCUUCUGAUGUAUAUCAGCCUUCCAGGUUGGAGAAGGCUGAUACAGAUGAGCAUAUGUGAAAAAGAAGGAAAGCAUGUUUAACACAUGGCUUGGUUUGCCCAGUUUUUGAUAGAUCAAUAUUCUCAUAUACUGUAUUAUACUCCUUUUGAUUUGUUGUCCGUACGGGUUUCUGAACACACAGUCAAGUACUGUGCCCCCAUGUUGCUUUGAUGUUUGAGAUGUGUUACUGGGCUAAAGUGGAUGGGAGAUUUGGAGGGAAGUUCCCUACUUCUGAGUAGACUCCAUAUGCCACUAGGACUCCCGCAAGCCCUGGCUUAGUUGACAAGCAGGUAGUGGCAAUUAACAGGAAUGUGUGCCUGUUGCCAGUGAGCUACCCUACUUGGUGGCACUGGAGCAGGGUGUCAGCAUUUUAUCAUAUAUGCACUUCAUUCAUCUGAUGAAGUGGACUGCCCUCCACAAAAGGUCAUGCCAUAAUAAAUUGAUUGAUCCUUAAGGUGUCUGGCGACCAAUAGGGCCAAAAUGGAGCCCAGCAGACUUCCUCUGCGCACGCAGCUCCCUGCCGAUCAUGGAAACGUCCUCCUGCCUCUUUGGUCGGUUUAGCAGAGCUAUACGCAACGGUGAAAACUGCUGCAGUGUGUGGGUAAUAAAUCAGACUUGCACGCAGGCUUCUCUCUUAUCUCUAACAGCCUUUAUUCGGGUAGCAUAACAUCGUAAAUUCAGUCUUAAGCACCCGGUGAUGACUCGCACAUCUUUCCUCUCCGGCAGAGCGGAAGAGAAGAACACACACAGAGAAAACACUCCCGUAUGUGUAACGUAACCACGCCUCAUGAUGUGAGACGUCAUUCAGAACAGUUAACCCUGUACGUUCUGAAUCCCUUAACAAGGUGCCACAAGAUUCACUGUUUUUUUCUGCAAGAGACUAACAGGACAACCUUUCUGGAAAUUGUAUACCUCUUUCUGCCACCAACAAAUGUUGCAUAAUUGUUUAUACCAUAGCAAUCCUGUCUCCACCAUGCCAUUUUGACUUUCUGAAAAAGUCAAAUCUCCAGCCUGAGUCUUUCUCUUGGGGGGAUAAUUCCCCCUUUUGCAUUUUAUUUGUCUGUACAAUACAAGAGAGAGCAAAAAUAUACUGAUGAAGAUAUAAAGAACCACACAAUUAAUUCUACAAACCCAGGGAGUUUGCGGCCUGUGCAUUGUACACAUGGUACACUGAAAUGAAGAGAGAACAAUUCUGCGAUUCUAUGACUAAAUGCUAACUGUUCUAAAUAUAAAAGUAAAAAAUCUUGCUAGGCAUUGCCGCUCAAUAGCUCUUCGCAUUUUGGUCAUUGAAUACAUAAAGAAUCACAUCUUUGUAUGAUUGAAGACUGUGGAUGAUGUGUGUACUAUGCAUAUUGCUCUUGAGUUGAUGAAAUGAGAAAUACCAAAAGUAUUUCCCACACUUUGUGUUUUUAAAAUGACUAUCUUCAUUUAUAUGACAUUUUCAUAGACUGCUCCUGAUUAAUUCAGUACCACAUUUUGCAAAUCACUUGUCUUCUAUUUAAGGAUCUAAAGGCCCUAACAAUAACUCAUAAAGAAAGAGGAAGUGUGUAGGAUGGGAUGUACCCCAAAAAACCCACAUGAACUGUUUGAAAGCAUCAUACAGUUAUGCUGUCAUUUUAGUGAUUUGACACUAGAGCUCUGGCAAUUAAUUUUGCCCUGGUUGCAAAUCAAAUGGCCAAAAAUUCACAAAAGCUCCUUUUUGGAAAGAAAGUGUGCGGCUAAGCAUUUUUGAAAGCCUCAGCACUUAAUAAGAAAGAAAAGAAGGAGCAGUGGACUUAAAAAAACCUGAAACCUAUAAUGUUUGAAUUUACAGUUUUCAAAUGGAAGUUUAUGCUUAAUUGGAAAAUGAUUUUCAAGAGCAAACAUUUCAACAGGCUGGGUAUUUAUGUUCCUUAUCUUCUUUCAAGGACUAGCCCUUUUUCCGAAUGUUCUGUCUUCUUCAUUUCAGGACUGGUUAACGAAAAGCCUGCAUCUUGAACAAUCUAUUUUAUAAAUUUCUCUAAGGAACUGAAUUGCUUGUUAAUCUGGUUCCGAUCAUGUAUGCUUGAAGGGGGAGGUUACUUGCAAAUGUGUGUCUCUAGGGUCAUCACCUUACACAUCAGUCUUAAAUUUAUUCCCUCAAGGUGGAAUAAAUCUGCAUGUCUGAUCUGCUGCUAUUGUUAUGUUGCAAAUAAUAUCAACUGUGUGCUUAAUAGCAUUUUAUGCAGAUGUAACUGCUCUGAAAAGGCUAUGUCUGUACACAUAUAAAAUUUUCUAUUUGAGGUAAAAUUUAAGAUAUAACAGAACGUGUUUCAAAGGAAAUAGUUCUUAAAAAUAUGAAAAACUAUUGAUUCCUUUCAUUUUAUUUGCCACUAUUUUACAUUUAUUUCUUCUCUUUUUAACCUGUAUAUUUCUAUCCACUCUCUUUUAAUUUUCUGUUAUUUUGAGCACCGAAAGGAGUAACUUAUCGAGCUUUUGCUGGAGGAUGUUAUAAAUGAAAAUUUAAUAACUGUUCCAUCAACUUUGUCAACUGGGUGAAGUGGUGUCUGUGUGCUUUUAAUUGUAGGAUUUAACACAAAUUUAAAUAUACUUUCCAGAGCAGCAAAUUUUGAAUCUUAAUCAUGCCUCCUCAAUGGUGUGAUUAUAGGCAUCUGAGAUUGGGUGGGGUUCUUUGGUAGAAUUUAUUUUAUGUUUAAUUGUAUUGCUUCAUGUUUGGCAUAUUUAAAGAAGCUUGCCAUUUGUAACAAAGUGUUUAGAAAAUUGAAUUUCUGUAUUACUACCAAGGCAUCAGUGUUUAAAAGUAUUAUGUCUAUCUAAUGUAAUGUUCAGAUAAGUAUUUUAAUAUAGUCAAAUAAAUUUACUGCCCCCAAUAACCUUUUUUUUUUUUUACAUUCUGAAUAUACAGCUCUUGAAAAGUUUUAUGUUUAAUACAGGCAGCUCCCGACUGACACACAAUCGCUCACACAUGCACGGAGCCCAACCCGGAAGUGACCCUAGAACGUCACUAAAAGGUUGGAAUGAGGACGGAGCAGGGGCAGAACGCUUUACGCGGGCCCCGCCGACAUGCGCAGGGAUCUGGAAUGUAGCCCCGUGCAAAAUGAAGAUUGCCUGUAUUUAUGAUAAGGUGCCUAGUUGGUUCAGGCAGCAUUGAUGUUAAAGAGAACCGCAACAUGGACAACAUUUCACCUAAAGAUGGGAGUGUGCAAGGCGCCGGAGAGGGGAACCAGCUCUCCAAUGGUGGCGGCGCCAGCAGCAGCAGGAAACGACCCUUGGAAGAGGGAAGCAAUGGCCACGGCAAGUUCCGCACAAAGAAAAGGAAGAAAACACCAGGGCCGGUCUUGCCCAAAAAUGCUCUCAUGCAGCUGAAUGAAAUCAAGCCUGGCUUGCAGUACAAGCUUCUCUCCCAAACAGGACCCGUUCAUGCCCCUAUUUUUGUGAUGGCAGUAGAGGUUAAUGGGCAGCUGUUUGAAGGCUCCGGCCCUACCAAAAAGAAAGCCAAGCUCCAUGCAGCCGAGAAGGCCCUGAGGUCCUUUGUUCAGUUUCCAAAUGCUUCGGAAGCACAUCUCGCCAUGGGAAGAACUCUUUCCGUAAAUACGGACUUCACCUCUGAUCAGGCAGAUUUCCCAGAUACCCUCUUCAAUGGCUUUGAAAACCCCGCCCAGUCUGAUCUUUCCUUUUACCUGGAUUCCAACGGAGAUGGUUCCUUUAGCUCCAGUGCAGACUAUAAUUUGUCAUCUUCUGUGGCCUGUAGCCUUGUACAGUCGUCUCUCCCUGCUCCAUCACCAUACCCCUCCACAAGUGGGAAGAAUCCAGUCAUGAUACUGAAUGAACUUCGGCCAGGCUUAAAGUAUGAAUUUCUCUCAGAAAGUGGAGAGAGUCACGCUAAGAAUUUUGUAAUGGCUGUGUCAGUGGAUGGCCAAAUGUUUGAAGGAUCUGGAAGAAACAAAAAACUUGCAAAAGCACGGGCUGCUCAAUCAGCUCUUGCAUCCUUGUUUAACAUGCAGUUGGAUCAAACACCAUCUCACCAACCUAUUCCUAGUGAAGGACUUCAGUUACACCUGCCUCAGGUUUUAGCUGAUGCUGUUGCACGCUUGGUGGUAGAUAAAUUCAGCGAUUUGACAGAUAAUUUUACAUCGCCCCAUGCACGUAGAAAAGUGCUAUCUGGAGUAGUCAUGACAACAGGUACUGAUGUGAAAGAUGCUCAGGUUAUAAGUGUUUCUACAGGAACAAAAUGCAUUAAUGGAGAAUAUAUGAGUGAUCGUGGUCUUGCAUUGAACGAUUGCCAUGCAGAAAUUAUAGCACGUAGAUGCUUGCUUAAAUUUCUCUAUACACAACUUGAACUGCUCUUAUGUAGUAAGGAAGAUCAGCAAAAAUCUAUUUUUAUCAAAUCAGAACGAAGCGGGUUUAAAUUGAGAGAAAAUGUACAGUUUCAUCUCUAUAUCAGCACCUCUCCUUGUGGCGAUGCUCGGAUUUUCUCGCCGCAUGAAGCAGCACAAGAAGAUCAGGGAGACAGACAUCCAAACCGGAAAGCAAGAGGACAGCUACGGACGAAAAUCGAAUCCGGGGAAGGAACGAUCCCUGUCAGAUCUACAACUACAAUCCAGACAUGGGAUGGAGUCCUACAGGGAGAAAGAUUGCUUACUAUGUCGUGCAGUGAUAAGAUAGCCAGAUGGAACGUGCUUGGUAUUCAAGGAGCAUUACUUACCCUCUUUGUUGAGCCAAUUUACUUCUCUAGCAUUAUCUUGGGGAGCUUAUACCAUGGAGACCAUCUAUCCAGAGCAGUAUACCAGCGAAUAGCAGAGAUAGAAGAUUUACCCCCUCUCUAUAUACUCAACAGACCUUUACUCAGUGGUAUCAGUAAUGCUGAAGCCCGCCAACCAGGAAAAGCACCUAAUUUCAGUGUAAACUGGACCAUAGGAGAUGCUGGUCUUGAAGUGAUUAAUGCUACAACAGGCAAGGACGAAAUGGGUCGUGCAUCCCGACUUUGUAAGCAUGCUCUGUACAGUCGCUGGAUGCGAACUUAUGCAAAGCUUUCUUCCAGUCUUCGUUCAAAUGUCAGUAAACCAAACAUGUACCACGAAACGAAGCAAGCAGCUGCCGAAUAUCAAACUGCCAAAGAGUGUUUGUUCAAAGCAUUUUCAAAGGCAGGACUUGGCGCCUGGGUGGAGAAGCCCAUAGAACAAGAUCAGUUUUCCCUUGUAGUCUGAUCCAUGGAUGCCCUCUGCUUGGAAAAGGGGAUAGGAUGGAAACCCUGACGUCAACAUUUCAUCUACACAGCUGAAACAGCAGCUUUUAGAUUUUUAUUGUGGUUUUUUGUUGGGGAGAGGCUGACUUGAGACCAUUUUUUUCUUUUGCUAAAGUAUUAAAACCUUUGGAAAACUGAUAAAUACAAUAACUAGUCUAGAAUAAUACAAAAUUAUUCCAUUACCUUCUAAGGAACUAUUGUUUGCAGGGGGUGGGGGAACCCACAAUGCAAUUCAAAGUGAUACAUCUGGAUAAUUUAAAUUUUAUUUUACUGCAUUGUUACCAGGUGCAUGAUUAAUGUAAACCACCUAGGAUUUUUACACAAAACUUUGACUAAGUGGUUUGUUUUUGUGUUCUUUUAGAGCCCAAGAGACAGAUUAUUUAUGUGCUUCUUAUAGAUUUUUAUUUUUUAAAUAAUUGAGCUCACAGAACCAGACUGGAGUUUGGCUAGCUAUUUUUCCCUGCUUCCUUGCUCUUUAAAAACCAGCUGUUGAAAACUUUGUCUCUCUGAUUUAUGUAUUUAUUAUUGUGUGAUCCAGUUUUUAACAUACCACUUUUUAUUCCAUUUUUAAAGUACUUGUCUUCACUUCCCAUUUACACAUAUUGUGAAGUUAUUGUUUUUUUACCAUUGUAAACUGGAAACUAAAUAUUUGUAAGCUAACAAAUUCUUUUUACUUUGAUGUAUGAAAACCAGCUUAGAAAUAGGCGGAUUGUGUUUCACAGGAACUCAGUGGAGUACAACAGUAAUAUUACCAGUCAUGUGGCAAUUUCAAAACACUCAUUUGUGAGGAAAUACGCUGCCUUGCCAAAAACCAAUUCACACACGAACUCUACUAAGGGCAAAAUAAUUUUUAAAUUGCGCACUUCAGAGACCUAACUUAUUUUCGGCGGAACUGUUGUGUUCUUUUACACACACUAAUAUAAGGGUACCAACCCAAAUUAUUCUGAAAUGAUCUGUUUGAUCUAGUAUAAUAGGAAUAAAUAUUGAAAACGUUGUUCAUAUAUAUUGAUGACAUCUCCCAUUAAUGAGCAUGUUGCGUGGAUCUGAUCUCUCAAGGACAGCAGUCCUUGACUGAGAGAGUUAGGUUCUAUGCUGAGCCAAAGCGCAGGACUCUGGCGGGCAGCUGCUUCCGCUGCCUGUGCUUCAGAGCCAGUUGGCGCCAGGAAGGGUUGUCCCAGAGGCAGGGUGCUGCAAAUGUCCAGGUGCUGUAGCCAGCAAAUCUGACUCUCCUGCCCAACUCCAAGGUAUCAAAAGGUAUUUUCUUUCUGAUAAUUUGUGAUAGGAUGCAGCAAGCAAAGUUGCACUUAAUGAAAUAGGUGGUGGGACUAAUACCUCGGCAUUAAUUGUAAACAUGCAAUAUUGCUAACAUAUUAUUCCAAUAAAAAUAAGAAGGAAUUCAUAACAAUCAUGGUAGAAAUUUGGGCUUGAUCUCAGUAGUUACAUUCCAAGAAAGCAUGUAUUAUUGCAGGUUUAGCAAAUUCAACAUUUCCGUAUGCUUAAAGCGAAGUAAUGGUUACAUGUUUUGCUAAACCAGUGCCAGAAAUCAAAGUUGUAAUACUAUAUGUAUAUCGCAUAUAUCUUGGCCUCUACAUGAUGUGAUGUUCAUAUUGAAGGUAUCACAUCAGCUCAAAGUAUUUUUUAAAUAUUUGUGCGACUGUAUGUAGUAGGUAGACACGGUAGCUAGCUCCUCACCUCUGGGUAUUGUCUGGGUACUGCUAUCUACAUAGUAUUGUGGUGAUAGUUACAAAAACUUUACGAAGUUACUUUGCAUGUCCAGAAAGCCCUAUGCUGUAAUUGGUAUUCCUCUUCCUUUAAAAAGAAAUAGAUAUAUAAUAUGUUCACUUAAAAAAUAUUAUGAGAAAAAGGCAUGAUAGCAAUAAGUUAAUAUAGAAUUUAAUAGAAUAAAUCAGAAUUUUAUUAUGUGAAGGAAAAUAAUUUAUAUGGCAUUUUAAAUUGUUACUAGGCAUUUUCUUGCAGUACUGUGGCCUGAAUUAUAUAGAACAUAAUCAACACAUCCACGUGCUUAAAAUGGUCACAUGAAUAGUCCCAACGAAGCAUAUUCCAGUUCAGAGGAUCAAGGCCAAUUUGUAGACAACUGUGAAGAAAAGAGUAUGAAUAGGCUUGCCAAGUGUUGAAUUAAAAAAAGUCUGGUACCUGGUCAGGACCUGGGGACCGAGCUCUCCGUUACAUGACGUAGAAUCCAGAGUGGGUCUGCUGAUGACAGUUUUUUGGGGUGGACCCAAGUCAAGAGGUCUGGGGGCAGAGCUGAGAUUAAAUUAAAAACCAAACCAGCACAGGUAAGGAGGAAAAUAGCAUCUUUCUCCUUGUCUUUUCUGACACCUGGCUCAAAAGCAAAAAUAAAUAAAAUUGUCCACACUGUUGUUUUUACCAUAGCGGUUUUAAUGAAAUUAAAGUGUGAAGAUUGCACAAUGUAUAGCAAAUUUGCUGCAUUUUAUAGCUUGAAAGCAAAUGUGUUACGUGUUUUUUCCAAUAGCAAAGUGGCUUGCUUGGAACAUAAUACCAAUAUCACAGGGUGAGCACAAGUGAGCCUGAGCCUCAUGCACUCUGCCCUCCUCUCUCCAGCACAACGACAAGGGGAUUGCAAGCCUUCACACUUACCUAAACUAACCAGAGUCUAUUGUUACGUCCAUCCUAUGAAAAUUCUAGUUGGUUUAAACCAUGGUUUAUUGAAACAAGCCCGGAUCAGUCGGCGGCUUUUGGUUCUGGCUUGUUAAAGAGUGUUUAAAUUAACCAGAAUUUCCCCAUUAUGGGCAUAACCAUAAACUUUGGUUAGUUUAAAACAGAAAGUAAAUGCUUUGGAAAUUCAGUCGUAUUUGGGGAAGAAGUGGUAGCCUAUGGGCUGCUUUACUCAUUUCUAAGUGUGCCAGAUUUGCUCCUUUUUCUCUUCACCAACCCAUGUCUAUGCCUCAAAGCUCUCUACUGUCGUGAACAUUAAGAACGUGAUGUGACUAUUUGGACCUGACAGCUGCCUAAUUGCUGAUUUCACAACCAUGCAAUUAGUAGCUUUCCUAGAGACAACUCUUCUUUGCCUGGGCGUCUCGCUGGGGCAGCCUUACUUGUUUGUGACUGAAUAGGCCUGUUCCUAGGGCUGCACUGUACAGCCAACAGUUACCUACCUGUAAAGCAGGGGAAGGGACCCUGGGACCCUGUUAAGACUCACAACACCCGUCAGCCCAUGCCAUGAUGGUGGGAGCUGAAGUCCAGCAACACAGCGAUGUCUGUGGGUCCUUCGCCCCUGCCGUCAAGAAAAGAAUUCAGUGGAUGUGCGGUGAAAAGUUCCUUGUAACUAGAAUCUUACUUAACAGCAAUCACGAGUCCCAUUUAUGUGUUUUUAUGUUCAUUUCUGUGAUCAGCAGGGCAACAACUCUGUACCAUCUCAAUGAAAAGGAUGCUUCCAUAUGCUGGGCAGGAGGGGGACGAGUUUCUCUUCCUUUUCUCCCUCAAACAGCCCCUUUCCUCAUAGAACAAAAACUGGACUAUUGAAAUACCUAGCUAAUGAUGUUGCCACGUAACUGCCAUGGAGGUUUAUUUUUGUUUUUUGUUACAAUGUGAUAACGGUUCUCCAGGCUUUGAAAAAUAAAUCUUUGCCUUCCCUCAAAGGAAGCUCUUACCAUUCUAAA